UAAAUUACAUGGAUUAUAAUAAUAUUAAAUUUAUAAAUUAAUUUAUAAGAUGAAACAUAUAUUUUACGUUAUAAAUUAACAUAUAAAACGGACAUAUAAUUUUUGAUACAAUAUCACAUGUAUAUAAUCACACAUAUUAUAUAUGAUAAAUCAUAUAUUAAUCAAUGUUAAUAAUUUUGCCGCCAUAUAUGUUCAGUUAUUUACCAUAUAUUUUUUUUAUAUAUUAUCGACAGUAUAUGGUUUUUUCAUACGGGGCACGACAGAUUUUCAAUACAGUGCAAAUUUUUUAUUUUUUUUCAUUUUGAACAAAAUAGGAUACAUUUAAGAAAAAAAAAAAAAAUUUAUUAAUGUUCUAAAAAAAUUUAAUAAAUAUGGUUAUUUGAGAGUGAUAGCGUCAAAAACCAAUUAUUGAAAAAAUUAAAAACAAUAAAAUUUAACAAAAGUUAUUUUGAAACAUUCCAAAUUGCUUAAAAAUAAUUCUAAUCACAAAAAAUCAUGAUUUAAAACUAUGUAAGUUGAUAAGAAUUUUUUUCUAAAAUUUUGGACCCGUUUCAAUCGACCCCCGUUACUUAUUUUCUAUUAACAUCAUAUGACUAUAAAAUAUAUUGCAUAUUUAUUCUUUUCUCAUAUCACGUUUCUAAACAUAACGGAAUAGUAAUAAUAUGUGUAUUGAUCGCCAUAUAAUUUUUUAUAUGUUUUAAGCGGUGUAAAACUGUGGUAAUAGGAAAAAUACAAGUGAUUAUUUUGCUAUGCAACAUUCCGUAAUAUUACCCUUGACAGAUAAGGUAAAAAUUAAAAAUAAACGGUUGGUAUCUAGGAUACUGUAAAGUGGAAAUUUCAAAACAAUACAAUUUAUGAUUAACAAAUAUGACGUGUCUUUUUUCACGAAUGCAGUGAAGUAUGACUUGUCACACGGUCAGUAACAAUUAUUACAUCGAAUGAAAAUGAUGCGUUUAGUGCUGAUCAUUUUCAGAGUAUUCCUAUUAAUGUCUUGAGAUGUAGACACUACAUUUACAAUAGUUAGACCGAUAAUAUUUAUCAUUCUCUAAUCGAUCAAUAUCAAAUUCGAUUGGUUUUAAUGUCAAUAAAAAUCUAAUAAAAAUGGAGUGGAUUAAAAAAUUUAUUUGGUGUAUAAUGAUAAUAACUGCGUGCAGUGAAAACCGAAUAUUUGAUAAAUUCGAUUCGGGGAAUUCAUCAAUUUCGUGGAACAAAAUGGGGGGAUUGUUAAAAUUAUGUUUUUCUGAUCGUACAAAUCCUAUCGUCAUUACUAAUAACUUGAUUGAUAUAAUUUAUCGAAGUUCACGAGACAUUAAUCACCCAAACGUUAACAUAAUUGACAACAAUUAUAAAGCAAAAGAUAUACAGAUAUUCAAUCCUGCUUACCCCACGUAUAUCCUGUCUGCCCAAUCUACUGAUGAACUUGGUGCUCUUUUGGACGCAUUGAAGUCAUCACCAACGUGGAGUGUUACUUCAGUUUUCGUUAUUAUUGGAAUCACUGAAAAUUCUUGUGGAGGCGCAUCAAAAACGCUGCAAGUACUCUGGAAACUCGACUUGGUUUCGUCUUAUUUUGUUUGCUAUGAGUCUGCUAAAGAUGAAAUUAUGAUGCUGUACACUUACAACCCAUUCACGAACCAAGCUCCUGAACCAUGGGUAGAAGUGAAAACUUUUGACAAACCUGACAGCCGAUGGAGUCUUUACAAACAACCCUACUUAAAUGAUAAAAAUAUAUGUCGCAAUCUGACUUUUGAUAAGACUAAAUUUCUUAAUGGCUACACCGUAAAAGCUGCGACAGGUUCGCGCUUAAAAUCAAACGUCACCCAAACCAAGACGCAUAAUAUCAGUGAGUUAAAGAAUGGUUUAUUAUUAAAUUUUAGCUGUGAUUUUUUUGGAAAUCUUUUUUUACAUUUAAAUGUUACACCGGAUAUUAGCAUUAUAAGCAAACUAAAUUCGACAAAUGUAACAUUAAUAGAUUUAGAAAAACUCGUAAUAAAUUCGACACAUGAUUUAAUUCUAGUUAUAGUACCACUAAAAUACCAAAAUUCACUGCUCGAUAGUAUGAAUUUACACUAUCAAAAUGGCUUCAUGAUUAUGACACAACGUAACAAACUUAAAUUAUCGGGUGAAAUCUUUCAUAAUUCGUUAAAUUUUGAUUUAAUUGCUGUGUCAGUACUCAUUUUAUUUAUAACAUUUGUGAUAAUAAUUUGCAAUAACGGUAACGAUUAUGGUAAUGGAUUCUUGGAUAUUGUUCGACUAUCAUUAAGUGCUGGAAUAGCAGCACCAUUACAUAAAUUAUCGAUGCGUAUCAUUUUUCUGACGACAACGCUACUUGUAUUUAUUAUAACUCCCGCUUUUCAAGGGCACAUAACAUCAAUGUCUGCUAAACCAGAAUACCGCUACCCCCAAAAUCUUAAAGACUUACAUGAUUUUAAAUUCCACGUGUACUAUCGCCAUACAAUUAAAAAUUAUAUUACUGAGCAGCAAUUAUGGCAAGGUUCUGAUAAAAAUUAUUUACAUGAGCAUAACGAAUUUCUUUACACUUGUCAUGAACAAGUUUUGAAUGAUAGUUCUAACGCAUGUAUUGGUUACGUAGGUGUUGUCUUACCCGCGGCUAAAAAGUAUAACUUGUAUUUAGCACAGGAAAUGAUGUUUAAUGUAUACGGUUCUUAUUUGAUGCGUAAAGAGUGGGUGUUGAAAAAUAGAAUUGAUCAAUUAGCGCUCAAAUUUUCCGAACACGGCCUUUUCGAUUUUUGGAAUAAACGUGAAUUCACUUAUUCCCUUAAAAAAAUGAAAGCUAUAGAAGCACGACAAAGAUUAUUCGAGGAGUAUGAUCGAAUCGAAUUUGAAAGUUUAAUAUUUGUUUAUAUUCUUAUGGCUCUGAGUUUAAUUUUUUGGGUGUUGAUUUUUGUGGCUGAAAUACUUAUAGCAAAACGUAAAUUAUUACAACACCGAAAAAAAAUAAUUGAAACGUUAGAAAGAAAAAUUGUUUUUGUUGGAAAUCGGAUGGUUUUACUAAAAUAAUUGGUGUAGUAAUUUUCAUAUACGUUUGAUUAAGUGCACAUUUAGAUGUAAAAUAAGCAAUGCUUUAUUAAAAUCCAGAGUGAUUACGUGAUUAGAAGUUAUAAUAAUAAUAAUACAUAUUCACGAAAAUCAACAGAACUGUUCCAAUAAAUUAUGAGAAUAAUUCACAUAAUAUGUAGAAAUUAUUGGUAUGAAUUAUGGGUAAUUUUAAUACCAGGAUAAUUUUUUUUUCAUAAUGUAGGAGUAUUUUCUAUACCCACGUGGGAAUGGUUUUCAUAAGUCAGUAGAAUCGAUCCGUUGUUUUUUUUUUCCGUGUGUAGUUACUAUAGUAUACUCUGUUAUUUUUAUCACUGACAUUAAAUUUUAUUUUUCUAACUUAACUUGAAUAUUCAAGACAUAUGAGUCAAGUUUACUUAACAUUUGAUUUUACUAUAAAAUUGUUAUUUAAAUAUGUACAAGUUUCUCAAUAAAAUAAAGGAUUGUGUGAAAAAUAGCAUAUUUUCAAAAAUCUUUAAAUACUCCUAAUUAUUUUAUGAAUAAUUGAAAUACUAAAAAUUUCAAACGUCAUGGGUUAAUUUAUUUUUUGCAAUAACUAUUUUUCAUCGUCUGAUCAAAACUCAUACAAACAGUGCAGUGUAGCAUGAAACUGGAAAAUAUUUAUAAUAACCUGAAAAAUAAGCAAAAUUUGUAACAUUGGUACAAACUUUGGGCUUAGUAAGUCUUGUAUAUUAACAAAUUAACAACUAAUCAAAAACUCUUAAAACCAGUACACAUGAAAAUUUGAUGAUGAAUAUCUUUUGAACGCUUAAUUUAAUCGCCAAAACAUAAGACACCAUUUUUAUAGAGCAGUUAAAUUCCUACAAACAUUGGUGUUGCGCAUUUUAUAAUAGUCAUUUAUUGUCGAGUUAUAAAAUUCAUAAACAAAAAUAAAAUUUGUCUCAAAAUGAUCAAACUUAAAUCUUCAAUAUCAUUCGAAUGGUGAGUGUUACGGAAAAAAUAUGUGAUACCAUUUUUGUAGAGCAUUCAAUUUCUCACAAAAUUUUUUUGUACAAUCAAUUAAUAAUGAGGUAUGAAUUUUUUUCUAUUGAGCUGAGAAAAAAAAAUAAAAAACUGCGAUCCGGAGGAUCUUCCUAUUAAAAUUAAGAGCUCAUAUAUGGUGGGAAUUUUUUUAAGGUGUCUAGCAAUCUAUUUUUGCGUAGCAUUUGUAAAAAAAAAAAUAGUUGAUUUUUUUUACCCACCCUAAUAUAUAUAUUAGGGGGGCGCAAAAAAACCGACUAUUUUUUUUUUCGAUGUCGCAUGCAAAUUUGUUGGUUUACGAUGUUUUAAGAAGCCUCUCCAAAAAUCAGCUCGAUAAAAAUUUUUCAAGAGGUCACUCACGAAUUUUGAAAACAUCAAAAAUGAUCGAAAUUCGAUUUUUUUAUUUCAAAUUUUUUUCUUUUUCGUGGCGGUAAUAAUUUAUAUUUGUGAGAUCAUAACUACGCUGAAAAUUUAAAUAUUUAAACCUCGCUCAAGAAUUUUGAAUGUUUCCGAGUGCUGUCUUUUGGACGUUUCCGAGCGACCCUUAAAUAUUAAUAAUAAAGCUUUUCGAUUGUUUCACUAUCAAUUUGCAUGACAAUGAAUGAAAAUAUAACCCGAGAAAUAUAAAUAAUAAGUUAUUUACAUACUUUUUAAUUUUUUUAUUCAAUUUGUCGGUUUUUUCGCUGAUUCAAAACUUACCAAAUUUUAUUGUUUAAGACUGUCCUGUAUAUUUUUGGUUAUGCAAAAGUUAUGUUUUACUGAAAUGACAAUAAUUGAGUUAUAAAAAAAUACAAAAACUAAUUCAAACUAUUAGUUACAUAUUAUCAGUUAAUAUUCAAAAUUCUUGAGCGCCGUUUGAAUAUUCAAAUUUUGGGCUGAAAUUUUCAGGAUAGUCAUGAUUUUGCAAAUAUAAACUAUUGCUGCCACGAGAAAAAAAAAUCCGAAUUUCGAUCAUUUAUGAUAUUUUCAAAAUUCGUGAGCGAAUUGCAAAUUUUUGACCGAGGUGAUUUUCGGAAAAGCUUCUUAAAACAUCGUAAACCAACAAAUUUUCAUGCGAGAUCGAAAAAAAAAAGUAGUCGGUUUUUUUGCG